AUGAACACAGUCCAGAGAACCGUGUUAAUCAGGAUCUUGUCGUCGUUCAGGACGGUAGCAACCACAAUAUUAGAGGUUGAAGCGCAUAUACUUCCCACGCACCUCAGCCUUCGCUAUCGAGCACAACGCACUAUAGCGAGACUAUACACUCUACCUCGUGACAACCCCAUUUGGGAUGCCCUGUCAAGAGCCCGGAAUCGUAAGAACAAUGUGGGAUCAUACGCCCGCUUCCCCAUUGCGGAAGCCUUAAAGACUAUGGAUGUCGACAGGCUCAACGCACUGGAAAUGAUUGACCCUCGCCCGUUGCUCCCGUGGCGGUCGGACGCCUUUACGGAGAUCGAGCUCGAUCACGACCGGGAAACAGCGAGAGAACGAGCAGAGAUUGUGAGGAACAUAUCUAAUAUUGCUAUCUACUCGGACGCCUCCGGUCGCGAGGGUUAUCUGGGGGCUGCCAUCGUCGCACUCAAUGACGACGAUGAGGUGAUGGAGUCUCAACAAAUCCAGGUGGGACCGAUGGAUAGUUGGUCGGUUAAUGUAGCAGAACUCAUUGGCAUCUUCUACGCGGUCAAAGUGGUGUUUAAGUUAGCUGAAGUCUGGAUUGCUCUUUCAACACAUCCGUUUCCCCUGUUCUUCGAACUGACAAUCAGGCGCUCAUUCCACAACCUGUUCAUUCAGUUCGAUCAACGUUUUAGUGCUAUCAGUUACUUUAAAAUCAACGGUAGUUGUAGAAGCAUGCUCACAAAAAAAUGUGGUGGUGAUGAAGAGAAGCCGCAUGGGGUUUGCAAACCAGCUGAUUAUGUAGACGAGACUACAUACCGCAAUUUCGGAGUACCCAGAGCUUUGAAGAAGGAGGCCUUGACACCUCAGCGAUAA